GUAAACCCACCACAGCUAAAGAAAGGGGCCGAGCAGUUCCCGGGGUGGAGGCAGGAUAUGAUCGUGCAGGCAGGCAUUCUCGACAUAGGCGAUGUGUUCUCCGGCGGCGGGGUGCUGCCGGACAUCAACAAGCCACAGAGAUGCCCUUCUCGAGCAGGAGGUUUCGUAUGCAGCAAUCCGCAAGACGUAUCUGGCGUGGAAUUUCCUCUCUGCCGCGUUGACUACUGAGACGGACAAAGCCAUCCUUUGCCGUUGCACGAACCCAAGGGAAGCCCUGCGGCAACUAGAUGCGGCAUAUCUGCCGGAGACACAGGGUGCACAGCAGCAGCUUUUCAGAGAGUUCCAGCAGUACCAGACUCCUCGGAAGGAGAACCCCGUCGCCAGUUUGAACAAGCUCAUGGGUAUGGCCAACAUGAUGCGGCAAGGGGGCGGAGCCACGGUAAACGACCAGUUCGUGUUCGCCCGACUUAUCGAUUCGCUGCCCAACCCCGAAUACGAAGUCACCAAGCAAACCUUGUCGGUGGUCCAACCACUGAAGACGGAUAUCCUUGUACAACAUCUCUCAACCCGAUUUAACCUUCUCACCGAGGAAUGGAGGAAGGAAGGAGAAAAAGGAUCCGGGGGGGAGCAGGCGUACAUUGCGGGUGACGGCACCGGGAAGGGGCGGCAGGCUGGCGGCGGCCGCGGCAGUAAGAGCAACGGCCGUGGCAGCAAGAAGAAGGCGGGGACGGACGACCGGGUCGACCACCGGAGGUGUUUCCGGUGCAACCACCGCGGGCAUAGGAAGCCCGACUGCACCACGAAGGAGGAGGACUUCCUGGAGCAGUGCGACACGUGUUCGGGCUUUGGGCACAACAGCGAGAAGUGUGCGACACCCACGGAGGAAGCGUGCAUGGCGGUAGUGGAGCAUGCCAACUUCGCGGUGGUGAGUUUCGAAGAGCAGUACGACCGCGCGGAGGAACUGUGCAAGAUGGAUCCUAGUUGGGAGAAGCUGACCGAAGACGAGAAGGAAGCAAAGGUGCAGGAAGUGAUAACUGAAAGUUUCUAGGGUGGACAGGUGGUGUUGCUAAUACGAUACGGCAGGUUUGCCGUAGGCCUUCAGCGCCGCUGAUUUGCGGUGGGGGGGCCGGACGAAGUCGCGCGGAGGUGGCGCGCAAGCACAGCAUGGACAGAGGGGCCAUGAAAGUCGCACAAUUGACGGUGCGCACUCCAUCUGCGGGAUAGGAGGCGGUGGAAAGCAGGGACGGUAGAGUGACCGUUGGGCAGAAUAGCCGGAGACACCCUACCAUGGAUUGACCGCGCGACGGCGUGUGGGGGGUGGGCGCCGCACUCGCUUGACGCGGGCGGUGUUUUCUCUAAGUUGAUCACAGGCACGGCAGAGUGGCCGUGCACGCCCUACCACGGUUGACACGCGCGACGGCGCGUCGGGGGGUGGGUGCCGCAUCACGCGUGAAGCGGGCGGCAUUUUUCAACCACAGCACGGACGGAGGGGCCGUGGCUGUCCUGCCUUGCCGUUUGGAGCCGGGGGGGUAGCACUUGAAGUCGCGCGGAGAUGGCGCGCAACCCAGCAUGGGCGGACGGGCCGUGGCUGUUCUGCCUCGUCGUUGGAGCGGGGGGGGGCAGCAUGUUUUGUCGCGCGGAGGUGGCGCGCAACCAUCAGCCGGAGGUGGGCAUUUGGGGUGGGGCACAGCGAUAUGGCGGUGUCAUCAAAGUCGCGUGGAGAGUCGCCGCGCGCAUUUCAUAAGCCGGGAAGGGACGAUGGAGAUCGGGAUCGGCAGGAUCGACUUGUGGACGAUCGAGGGCGCGCUUCAUCUUCACGAUUGGAACUGGUGGAGUGGACGGGCAAGCUUGAUAAGUUUUUCUUGUGUUUUUCUUUUUUUCGACGCCAGUUUACGGGUGUCGAUGAAACCCGAAAGCGUUCUUGAUCUUGUUUCGUUUUUUUUUGUCGUUUCUUUUAAUGGUAAUUUUUUUUGGUUGCCGAAUCUAGUGGUAAUUCUCACGUAUACGUGUUGUCGUUAUACAUCGUGAUGUACGCUUUGCGCUUCUUGACCAUUUUUUGUUGUAUCGAGGGGUCAUAUCGGUGACGGGUGUGUCGGUGAUGGUAGCAAAGUGGGGGGGGAUGAAAACGUGCACGUUGGUAGAAUUUGCCACCAUAUUUGAUGGGUAGUUCAUGAAGGUUCAAUCGCAAGUUGAUGCAUUCUUGGUUGAAGGAAGAUCGAGGUUUUUGAAUGUUUGCAGAUUGCAGGCCUUGUUUGAAGGAGGCUUGACGUUUUGUUUCUGAAGAUGGGUUUCGUGGAAAACCGGUUGUGUUUGAUUUGUUCUUCAGCAGAAACAGGAUGUUUGUGGUUUUGAUUUGUGGUGGAUCGCGCUUGGUUGAUCCCAAAAGAGGGAGAACGAACCUGUCUGAUGAAGUUUUGAUGCGGAAUGCAGUUAGGCAGGGAGGGCGUUGCCCGUACAUGUGUGUGAUACACGAAUCAGUGUUGGUGCUGCACAAGGAUCUUGUUUCAUCAUUCAAGAAGGAUUUUGCCAGGAGCGCACCUCGUGGUUGGAGAGUAGAGCGUUGCUUAGAAAAUCGUAAUCCGCAUGUUUGGUGUAAGUCACUUUUGUUUUGAUCUUGCAGUACAACCGUUGGAAUCAUAGAUGACAUGGAAGGUUCGUUUGAUUUUGUUUGAGGCGUUGGACUUCGAGGGGUUUUGAUCCGGCGGCCGGGUUUCCCCUUGGUUUUAUUUUCUUUGUUGUGUUUCAGCUAUUUUGACAUAGUUCCGACGCACGAGUGGUUCUUCGAUGGUGCAAAGAACCAGGGAGGGUGUUCGUA